AUGGACAACAAGGGCAAGCCUUAUACUGAGAUCGCUCGUAAAUGUAGUGUCAGUAAGGCCACAAUAUCCCGGAUCAAAGCUCACUAUAAUCCAGAUCGACCUUGCAGUGAACCUGGGCGUCCAAAGGUCUUGAAAAACCGUGAUGUAGCUAGACUUGUACGACAAGUGACAUUGGGUGCGAUUGAAUCUGCACAUAAAGCUUCAAAAAUCAUUGGAACAACAUUAGAUCAACCAGUUUCAAGAUCGACCGCCUUCACAAGCGACUUAGCUUUGAGUUGCAAAGAAGAACGAAAAUUUGAACCAUCUCUGACUGGAAAAAAAGUAAUUUUUUCGGACGAGACCAGAACGAAUCGAUAUGGUGGUUCAGAUGCUAUUAGGUGGCAUUGGAAGAGGUCCGGCGAUAAUCGAAUACUUGUUCACCAGGUGGUGCAAAUGUAUAAACAUGGAAGAGGCUCGAUUAUGAUUUGGUCCUGUAUAACAUCAAAGGGGGUCGCAUAUUUGGGAAAAGUGACAGGGGGCAUCACCGCAGGCACCCAUUUAGACAUUAUUAAGAAUGACCUAGCCAGGAGAUGCGUUUGGUAUGGCUUUGUCUUGGUGAAAUGGUUUUUCAGCAGGAUAAUGCCCCAUGCCACUCUGCACUGUCGGCGCGACCAUGUCUUCAAUUACAGUCGUUCCAAGUGCUAA